AUGAUGGACAGGAGAUCAAUAGCAGAAGUGUUACUACAAUAUAGACAUGCCGAUGGACUGGACAACGCCGAGUUGGAGGGUCGACCGAUCGACCUUCAGAUCCGUCGGAUGUAUGGAUCAUUGACGCAUUACAAUGGGAAGCAGAGGGCACCCUUCUCCAUCUAUCCAUUCCAACUUCCAUUGUACAACUACACCAACAGUAUCAAUUGGACGAUGAUAUAUGAGCGGGCGACCGAGAGGAGAGAGACCCAGUCAAAGGAGGCCGAGUCAGAGGUUGAUCGAAAGCCAUCAUACUUUAGCCAACCGAUUGUGUCACUAUCUUGGCUUCCCAAUCACAAUGCCACCGUCCCAAAGUACUCUCCAAGGGAGCUGGAGGUCAACAACUCAACAUUAACAAUCAACAAUAUUAUAUUCAACUGUUCAAUCUCAACUUAUGAUAUGAACAAGAAUGGAUUCCUCCAGUUCUCCUCCACUUACGACGCCGAUCAACUGGCUGGCAAGAGUUUGGAGAUCAUGGUGCUCGACAUCAAUACAGUGAACAACUAUCCAUUGCUCAUUAGGAACUUGUUCAACUACGAGACGCACGUCCAUAGAUCAAUAAUCAUUAUUGGGCCUUGUUCAAUCAAGUUCGACCUAGAGGUGCAUCUUGACCUGUUCAUCCAACAGAACAGAGUCUGGCGGUACAAUGCCAGCUCGCCCAACGUGUGUGACUAUGACCAGUACUCCCGCGAGACAGGCAUCCUUGCCAUCCUUAAGAAGGACCCGUACCUGUCCAAGCAGAGACACCUUAGUCGUCUGGAUAAUCUUCAAUUCUCCACCAGUGUCUGGAAACAAACGUUCCAGGGCAUGCCCAAUGGGUCAUGUGAUACUGUCGACGGCGCAAAUGGUGAGAUUCCAGGACAUGGCAUGUUCUCCUCCCUCCACUUUGUCACCGACCACUUGCACGCGUUCAGCAACAACAACGACAUGACUGUUGAGAAGACUGAAUACUUCCCUUAUGCCGACCAAUGGAAUGACUACCUGUUGCCCUUGGCGUCCUGUUCGUUGGAUGACAUCAGACUUAACAACAUCCAAAGGAACAGAUACCCACGGGGCAGCAACUUCAAUGGCGAACCCAUCGAUCCCACCGAUUGGAAACAGAUUGUCGACAGAUCAAUCGAGAUGGACUUCAUCGUCAGACCCAACUAUCUGACCCGUUACCUGGUGCACAUGUUUAAGAAGGAUCUGUGGAAGACUCAAAGGUCGAGUGAAUGUGUGGCCAUACAUGUUAGGAAUGGUGACAAGGUGCAAGAGGAUAAGGUGUACACCCUGGACUCAUUCCUAUCAUUCUUUAGUCAUCAGUACAACGUACCAUUCAAUCUCACCAAUUACAACAACAUCUUCCUGAUGACCAACAACAAUACUCUGUCCAACCCAGAGUACCUGGCCGAGAACUAUCCAGAAUUCAAUUUUAAUGUUAUGAAGGAGCCUGUACUGAUCGAUGACAGCAAGACCAAUGCCGAUGAGUUAAAGUUUCAUCCUGGAAAGGACAGGUUCAUGGUUGGCGCCAACUUGUUGGUACAGACUAUCUUGGCGUCACAGUGCAAGUACUUCCUUGGUACAUUAUCAUCAAACCUUGGUCGAGCAGUCAUAGAGUUGAUGGUUGGCAGUGAAAACCUUGUCAACGAUGCCAAGUGGGCAUCCAUCGAUGGAUCCAAAUAUAUAUUCUUUCCAUGA